AUGGACGAAAAAGAUACAAAAACAGACCUUAGUGUUCUUAACCAAGAGCACUAUGAUGUCUCAGAGGAUGGAGAUAUUCGUAUCGAACCUACAGAAGAAGACUGGAUCAAUUUAAAGGAAGUCGGUGACGAUAUUCCUAAAGCUGCCUACUUGGUUAUUCUUCUUGAAUUUUGUGAGAGAUUUACCUUCUAUGGUUUAACUGGUCCUUUCCAAAAUUUCAUCCAAAAUCCUGUUCCCGAAAGCUAUCCCGCUGAUUUGCCUGGUGCAAUGAACCGAGGUCAAAAAACUGCAACUGCUUUAAACACUUUCUUUCAGUUCUGGUGUUAUGUCACUCCUAUUAUUGGUGCCAUUGUUGCUGAUCAAUACUUGGGUAAAUACAAGACUAUUCUUGUUUUCUCUGGUAUCUACUUCUUUGGUUUGCUCGUCUUGACCUUGACUUCUAUUCCUAGUGCUAUUGAAGCAGGUGCUACUUUCCCCGGUUUUAUUGUUGCCAUUAUCAUUAUCGGUAUUGCCGCUGGUGGUAUUAAAGCCAAUGUCUCCCCACUUGUCGCUGAACAAUACCAAGUCACUAGACCCUAUGUCAAAACCAUCACACCCAAGAUCUCUUCAAAGUAUGCUGCUGAUGAAGGUGACCACGUUAAAGGUGAAGUUGCCGAUAAAUCUUAUCGUGUCAUUGUCUCUCCUCAAGCCACCUAUCAAAAGCUUUUCAACAUGUUUUACUGGAGUAUCAAUUGUGGUUCUCUUGCUGCUAUUGUCACUAUCGUCGUUGAACAACAAGUUGGUUUUUGGGCUGCUUUCCUUAUUCCCACUUGUAUUUUCAUCCCUGCCAUCUUGGUCGUUUUAGCCGGUAAAAAGAUUUAUGUUAUCAAUCCUCCUCGUGGAUCUAUCUUUGUUGAGGCAGCCAAGGUUAUUCGUCUUUCAUUUAAGUACACUCUUGAAGGUACUAAACCAUCUAAUUUACCUGCCGAGAUUGCAGCCACUGCUACUUGGGAUGAUGUCUUCGUUGAUGAACUCCGUCGUACUUUCAAGGCUUGUGUUGUGUUCUGUUGGUACCCCAUCUACUGGCUUUGUUAUUCUCAAAUGACUAGUAACAUGGUCUCCAUGGCUGCCACUAUGCACACCGGUAGUGUCCCCAAUGAUAUUAUGCAAAACAUCAAUCCCUUAUCUUUGGUUCUCUUUAUCCCCAUCAUGGAUCGUUUCGUAUACCCCGGUUUCCGUAAGAUUGGUAUCCACUUCAGACCCAUUAUGCGUAUUACCUGGGGUUUCUUCUUUGCUGCACUUGCAAUGGCCUACGCCGCUGGUAUUCAAGCCUUAAUUUAUAACACUGGUCCUUACUAUAAGUACCCCAGUGGUACCGAGAAGAAUGAUGUUAGUGGUGCUUUAAUUGUUCCUGCUUAUAUCUUGAUUGGUAUCUCCGAAAUCUUUGCUUCUAUUACUGGUCUUGAAUAUGCCUACAAGAAGGCCCCCGAGAAGAUGAAGUCUCUUGUUAUGGCCAUUUUCUUGUUCAUGAACUGUUUCGGUUCUAUCCUUGGUUUUGCUCUUGUAUCCGUUGCUGAAAAUCCCAAGUUGAUGUGGAUGUAUGCCGGUAUUGCUAUUGCCAUGGGUGUCUGUACUCCUCUUUUCUAUUACUGUCACGGUAAGAACGAUGCUAUCGAUGUUGCUGAAGAUUCGAUUGGUCGUGAUAAGAAAAUACACACUUCGGCUGUUACCGAAUUUGAGGUCGAGAAGGGUGUUGCUUAAAUUCACUUACAAAUAUCAUAUCAAAACAUUUCAUUCAUUAAUCUUUUUAUUCUUUUAACUAAUAUCACUUAUUUUUACU